GGAAACACAUGUUUUUAGCUGACAGUGUUGUUAAGAGGGGUGGCUGAACAGAGCUGAACUGCACAAAGGAAACAAAAAGGAAACUGGUGUGUUGUCACCCUGCCAGUGAGGCUCCAUUGGGGGGUAAAAAACGCUGGAUAAUGUUGAGUUUUUUAUUUGUCUGGUGCAAGGACAAUUGCGAAGGGAUGUCUCCUUGUAAUGCAAACUGACCGUCAUUUGACUUGAACACCAACUGGAAGAGCCAUGAGAAGUCCUCUAGAACUUUUACUUCUCCUUUCUGCUCUCUGCUGCUCUCUAGCGGACAAUGUGGAGCUGCUCCGCACUAAGCGAGGGACUCGUUUUUACAGAGGUGAGCCUGACAGGCAGCCAGCUAGACGGACGCUUUUGAUUAUUCAUGUCGAGAAGUCUUCACCUUCAUUUGACACCUCCUUAUUUUGUGUUGAUAGUGAGACGUCAGCAGUGCAUAGUAUGGGGGACACUUGGCUGCGAUGGAAAGGACAGCGUGUGGAGUUUUGCCGUUGUGCGUUGAAAGGACGAGAGCUUUGUCAUAUUGUGCCUGUCGUCAACUGCUACGUGUCUAAGUGCUACAACGGAGGAACCUGUAGGGAAGCAGUGUACACGUCAGACUACAUUUGCCAGUGUCCCAAAGGCUUCAGUGGGCCCCGGUGUGAGAUCAACACCAAUGAGAAGUGUAUUGUGGGGCAGGGUGCAGGCUACCGUGGCAUGUGGAGUAUCAGCCAGUCAGGAGCAGAGUGCAUUAACUGGAACUCCACAUCUCUGAGAGGAAAAAAGUUCACAGCUAGAAAAGUAGACGCCAGCAGUUUUGGACUGGGCAAUCAUAACUUCUGCAGGAACCCUGAUAAGGAUAGCUCUCCCUGGUGUUACGUCUACAAAGGCACACAGAUUACCUGGGACUUCUGUACUUUGCCCAAAUGUCCUGAAGAGACGAACAGAGAGUGUGUCCUGGGCUCCGGUAAGUCAUACAGAGGCACAACAUCUGUCACUAAGAGCGGCUCUCAUUGUCUCCCGUGGGAUUCUCCUACUGUAAAGCACAAGUUCAACAAUGCUUGGAGAUCGGAUGCAUUAGAGCUGGGUCUGAGCAAUCACAAUUUCUGCAGGAAUCCAGAUGAUGAAUCAAGUCCAUGGUGUCACACCUACAAAAACAUGGUGCUGACAUGGGAGUUAUGUGACAUACCUAAAUGCUCAAGACGUCCACCUGUCAUCACCACUCUUGGCCCACGCGCUCCCACUACAAACAACAACGGAGCAACAUGUGGCCAGCGCUUAGACAACUCCCUCAAUCGCCCAUCGUUCCGAAUAUUUGGAGGCAGACAGACUGACAUCGCUGAUCAGCCAUGGCAGGCUGCCAUUAACGCUUAUCAGCCUCGUUACAAAAAACACUUUCACCGCUGUGGAGGAGUCCUCAUUGACUCCUGCUGGAUCCUGUCUGCUGCUCACUGCUUUGAAGUCAACGAUAAAUCAGAAAGAUUACAGGUGAUUUUGGGGAGAACGUUUAGAAAGCAGAACUCCAGCAGUGAGCAGAUUUUAAAGGUUGAGAAGUUCUGGAUCCAUGAGAAGUUUGACAAUGAAACAUUUGACAAUGACAUUGCUAUUUUGAAGCUGAAGACGGACAUUGGCAUGUGUGCUGUAAACUCUCCAGAAGUUCUUCCAGCGUGUCUGCCUGAACAUGGGCUGGAGCUGCCCGACUGGACCGAGUGUGAAAUCUCAGGCUAUGGAAAAGAGACAGAAUUUUCUGCAGAGUACUCUGAGCGUGUUAAAAGAGGAUAUGUCCGCCUGUGGCCCAAAGAGCGUUGUGUUCCAGAUGUGCUGUCUGGUCGCACGGUUACCUCCAACAUGCUGUGUGCAGGGGACACCCGAGGCCUUGACGAUGCUUGCAAGGGAGACUCUGGUGGCCCACUCGUCUGUCGAAACAACUCUGGCAGAAUGACUCUGAUGGGUGUGAUCAGCUGGGGUGAUGGCUGCGGGCAGAAAGAUAAGCCUGGAGUCUACACACGUGUGAGCCAUUACAUUGACUGGAUCAACGGCAAAAUUAAAGCCAACCCGGUCUAAAGUCAGAAAUGCUGUUGUUGAAUGAUCCAUAAACAUAACGCAAACGGCAACAGUGGAGCUGGUUUUUAUGUGGAUCUAAACCCAAACUGAGGUUUUAAGUCAGUGGGAAUGAAAACAUAAGAAGAAUCAUCCUACACCUAGUCAUAGGUCCUGCUGCAGCUCCAUGUUCCAAACUUUUUAGUUUUCUUAUGUUGAAUGUAAAAGUAUAUAAAGACAGAAACAGAUCAUAUUUUGGUUUUUUAGUUAAUACUAAAUUUGUUUUGCCUUCAUCAUACUGGUGACAUUGCCAGUCAAUUUAAUAAGACCAAUAAGACAUGAACAGUAUAUGUAUCUCUCUGCUCUACCUUUGUGUUUUACACACAUAACAGUUGUUGACUUGAGAUCAAAAGCACUUUUACUUUUACUGUUAAGUUUAAUGAAUUGAAUUCAAGAUGCUAUUUGCCUUUGGGGGUUUCCAGAUCGCAUCCAAACCACAUGAAUUAUCUGCUGGUUCAGAUUCAUCUUGUUUUUGCAGAUUUUUAUCCUUUAGCCAACUGCCUCCUAGUGGAUGCAACUACAUGAAUAUGCAGGAAACGGACGAUCCUCACUCCAUCUAACAAACCUGUUAAUGUUGUAGUCAGAGGAAGAGUAAAGUCUCUCCUACUCUCAACAAACUUUGCAUCAGAUCACUUCUGCACCCGACACCUGGGUUGAUCCCAGUAUGUAUAUUCCUUGUAUAUUUCUCAUUAUUAAUAUUUUUAUAGAAAUGUUUAUAUAAUAAAAUGCUAACUGACAGCAAAGCUGAACUCUUUAAAUUUGCUUUGUUCUGUGAUCAGCUCCCAAAGGGAACCUAAGAUUCAGAUGUUUUGUACUAAAUUAUAUUAAUGUACAUUUUACACUGUUUUGUAGAAAUACUAAUGUUUAUUUACAGCUGUGUGAUGUGGCUUAUUAAUUUAUUAUCAUUAUAUAACCAGUUUUGAUAAUAUUCUUCUUUAUCAAUAAACACUA